AUGUCUGUCCCUGCUUUUCCCCCCGGCGGUACUCUGCUCGACACCUUCAAGCAGUCGUUUGUCGACGUCCCUGUUGACGCCGAGAAGGACAAUGCCAUUGCCACCACCCAGUUCCUCGACGCCGCCGAGUCCCUGACAACCAUCUUCGACGCUCUUGGCUCUGUGGCCUUUUCUCCCGUCAAGAACGAUCUUCUCGGCAACAUCAAGAAGCUGAGAGAGCGCCAGCUGGCUGCCCCUGCUGAGUCCGAGACUGUCCAGGCUCUGGUCCUGAACGAGCUCAAGACCAAGAAGCACGUUGCUACUGAGGGUCUGGUGUGGUUGGUCCGUGGUCUUGACUUCACCUGCAUUGCCCUCUCCUCGAACGUCAACAGCGAGAAGGAGGAGCUUUCCGACUCGUUUCGCAACGCCUACGGCUCAACUCUCAAGCCCCACCACAGCUUCCUGGUGAAGCCCGUGUUCAGCGCCGCCAUGAGCGCCUGCCCUUACCGCAAGGUCUUCUACGAGAAGCUGGGCUCCGACCCCGAGAAGGUCCAGGCCGAGCUCCGACCCUACCUCAAGAGUCUGGAGCACAUUGUUGCUAUCCUCAAGGGUUUCCUUGACCGCAAGGAGGCCAAGUGGUAA